AUGAGAGCUGUUCAGAGAAGAAUCUUAUGGGCAGAGAUGGAAGUUAUUAGUGAUCUAAAUUUGACAUGGUUGGCAAUUAGUGAUUUUAAUGCAAUUACUUCAGGUGAUGAAAAAGUUGGUGGUAAAACUCUUAAAAGAAGUUCAAUGAUGGAUUUCAACAAUUGUCUUGAUACAUGUGCCCUUAUGCAAGCUCCUAAAAUGGUCUUAUGCACUCUUGGUCUAAUUGUCAACAUGGAAGUAAAAGAAUUUUGUAAAAUUCUAAGGGAUUGGAAUUGGAAUGUUUUUGGUAACAUUAAUGUUCACGUUAAGGAGGCAGAAGCAAAGGUUCAGGAGGCUAUGCUAAAUUCCAAUAAUAAUCCUUUUGAUGAAGAAGCAUUAGAUAAUUUGGUGGCAGCUCAGAAUUUGCAUAGUUCUAAGGAAGCUCAGUUAUAUACUUUUCUGAAGCAUGAAUCAAGAAAUAAAUGGAUAAAAGAAGGAGCUGCCAAUACAGGUUUCUUACAUGCAAAACUUAAAAUUAGGCAAUCAAAGAAUAGCAUCAGUGAGCUUGAGGACCAGGAUGGAAAUAUAAUUUCAGACCAAAAGCAAAUUUCAGAAGAGCUAAUCAAAUAUUUUGAACAGAAAUUUAAGUACAAGGAAGUGGAAGAUGUUGAACAUAUGCUGAAUGUCAUACCAGAAGUGAUAACUAGUGAUGAUCAGGAAAUGAUUGAGAAAGUUCCAGAUGAAGAAGAAAUUAAAGCCAUAUUAUUUGAUAUGGACCAGGACAGUGCACCUAAUCCUGAUGGGUUUUCAAGCUGUUUGUAUAGAUCAUGCUGGGAUAUCAUUCAUCAAGAAGUAGUGGAAGCAAUUCAAUUUUGUUGGAGAAGGAGGUUUAUACCUAAGGGUCUCAACUCCAACUUUUUAGUACUUAUUCCAAAAACUGAAGGUGCAAGGAAACCAAGUCAAUUCAGACCAAUUGGCCUGAGUAAUAUAAGCUUCAAAAUUUUCAGAAAAAUUCUGGAAACCAGAAUGGGUAAUCUAAUGCACAAAUUGGUCUCUCCUCAGCAAGUGGCUUAUGUUAAAGGUAUAUGUAUUCAAGACCAGAUAAUUUUAGCUUCAGAAUUAGUAAAUGAGAUGUCAAGCAAAAGAAGAUGUGGAAAUGUAGCUCUUAAGCUUGACAUUUCUCAAGCUUAUGAUUCAAUUAAAGAGAUGAUUCAAAUGGAAAGAAGUGAAUUCCCUGACAAGUAUUUGGGUGUAGUGCUUAUUCAAGGAAGAGUGAAAACCUCCACAUUAUGGCUAAUGGCUGAAAUGAUGCAAAAGAAGCUUGCUGCUUGGAAGGGCAAGCUAUUGUCUUUUCAAGAGAGAUUAGUGCUAAUUAAGUCAGUCAUGUGCAGUAUCCCUGUGUAUAGUAUGGGUAUCUACAAAUGGCCAACUUCAAUAAUUUGGAAGAUUAAUAAGUCAGAUGAAGAAUGGGCCUUGUUUUUUCAUGCAAAAUACAAAGAUAAAAAUGGUCAGUGGAGUACUAAAUGGCAAAAAUCUUCAGUGUGGCCAGGUUUAAAAUGGGCAUGGAAUGCUCUUAAAGAUGAGAUCAGAUGGAGUAUUGGGGAUGGUACCAACAUUUCAGUAUGGUUUGAUUUGUGGAUUGGUGACAGAUCACUCAUUAAAAGAUUUGGAUACACAGAUUACAUUGCUGCCAAUAUUAAUUUGAAAGUUUCAGAUGUAAUGGUAGAUGGUAAAUGGUCAUUUGAUACUGAACUUCAAACGAUGAUACAUAAUGUUAGGCCACCUAAAGUUGUUGGAGGAGAAGAUUUGCAAGUUUGGACUGGUGAUUUGAAGGGUAAAUUCUCAGUUUCAACUCCAGUGAACAAACUAAGACGCACAGAACAUCCAGUUAGGUGGUGUAGAUUCAUAUGGAAGAACUUUAUCCAUCCUUGUGUGGCUAGCAAUAUCUGGAAAUUGAUUGAAGGAGUGUACACUGAUGAUCAAAAAAUGAUACAGAAUGGGGGUAUAGGUGUUGCUACAAACUAUUUGGCAGAGUCUUAUGGUGUCAUGAAUGCUUUGGAGUUGGAAGUUGAAUGGAAAUUGCAGGAUAUCAUUAUUGUAUUAGAUUCAAAAACAGUUCUUGCGGAAUUUGCUCAAGGGAAGGUGCAUUGGUUUCUGAAAGGGAGAUGGAAAAGGGCUCAAGGAAAAGUGUCCAAAAUAAGGUAUCAUCACUGCUACAGAGAAGUGAAUUUCUCAGAAGAUAGCAUUGCCAAAAAGGGUGCUUCUCUUACAGCAGGGAAAAGAUUACUACACAUGGGAAGACCUCCUUAUUUACCAAGAAUUGAAAUGCCAGAUGUGGAUUACUUCAGAUUUUGCUAG